GCGGGUCCUACAGGCAGACCAGACACGGCUUUCAGACCGUGUUAAAAUCCCGACCGCCAUCGUUUACAAUUUAUGACCUUCAACCGCCGGCGAUUUCUUACGUGCCUCCUAAACGCGCCUCCACGUGAUCGUUGACCAGUCCAAGUGUCCCGUAAAGUACAACCGAGUAAAAUGACCUCCCAGUGGACACGCAAACACGACUCCAACUUGACCUUCCCGUUUCACACAGCAGCUUUCAUUCAUCUCUCAAACCCCGACGGAUUCUCCAGCCACCGUCUCUUCUCUAUAAUUGCCUUCCUUUCCGGUGUUGCUGGUGCCGUCUCUGUCGUCCCCCACCUCAGGAAACGACAGACGUAUUGCAGCCGCUGUUCAGUUAGCUAAUUGGCAUGCGAGCGAUUUAGCUGGAAGUCGUGGAGUAGACUGUGCAAGAGAAAUUUUGAGUUGAACAAAGUUGGAGUCUUUGUGGAAACAAUAUUUCCAAUGGAUUCAAUAGACUUCAAUAUUGGACUUGAAGAUGUGGGUAUAGCAGUGUUACAGGAAUUAUGGAAUAGGGUAGCAGUUCAGGCGGUGGAGCUUGUUAGUGAAACUAGAGAUUUUGUGCUUGAAAAGGACAGCUUUCAGGAAUUCUCUAGGAGUAUCUCUGAGUUGAAUGGUCUUCUGCAGGCAUUGAAUGUGAGAAAAAUUGCAACUGCAAAUGGUUUUGAGAGUACAAAGGCUGCAUUAGAGACUUUGAAUGGUCAGCUAAGGAAAGCCCGCAAGAUAAUCAGAGAUUAUAAAGCUGGAAGUCGCAUCUGGCUCUUGCUUCAUUCUCAUUCGGUGCUCUCACAAAUGCGAGAAUUGGCUAAAGAGAUUGCUGUAACAAUUUCCUCAUUUCAGUUAAUUAAUCUUGAUGUAGCGUCAAAUAUAAAGAGCAUGACCAACCAGGUCAUCAAUGAUUUAAGGUCAAUGGAGUUCAGAGCAGCCGUAGCAACAGAAACAAUUGCUUCAGAGAUAGAGAAUUCUAUAUCCCAGAGUAGCAGAAACAAAGAGCAUGCUAUGAAGCUCCUGGAGAAGAUAGCAGAAGCUGUUGGUGCUAAUGCAAAUGCAUCCAUGGUACAGAAUGAGUUGGCUCUUCUGAAGCAGGAAAAAGAAGAGAUGGAAGCUCAAAAGAAGCAGGCAGAGGCACUUCAACUAUCUCAACUAAUACAGUUGCUAUACAGCACAGAAAUUGUUACGAGGCCACAAAAUAAUGACACUGUUGCAUACCAUCAGCUAUACCCCAUUGACUCAUUCACAUGUCCAUUGUGUAGAGAGAUGAUGACAGAUCCAGUUGCAGUAUUUUGUGGCCACAGUUUUGAAAGGAAGGCAAUUGAGGAGUAUUUUGGCAGGGGGGAGAAGCAAUGUCCCAUUUGCAGGGAGGAGCUUCGAUUGUUAGAUCUUACUCCAAAUAUUAAUCUUCGAAACUCCAUAGAAGAAUGGAAGCAAAGAGAUAUGGACUUAACAUUUCAAGCAGCAGUCUCUGGUUUGAAUUCUGAUGACAAUUUUAGUAAAAACAAGGCAUUAAAUGAUAUGCAGGUCCUAGUUGAAAUGCCUCACUAUGCACUGAAAGCAUCGGAUGAAGGACUUAUCUCUAAAUUUGUUGAGUCCUUGAAGGACAAUAGUCUAAGCACUGUGGCAGCAUUGAAAUGCCUUUACUGGUUGGCUAAAUCUGGUGAUAAUCAGAAGCAAGCAAUUGUUGAAGCGGGGGCUGUUCGCUGUAUUGUAAAGCAGAUUUAUAAAGGUGAAAGAGAAGCUGAUGCUACUGCAGUCUUGUUGGAACUAUCUAAAAUUGAAACCCUUGGAGAGAAAAUAGGGAACACAAAAGACUGCAUCCCUCUUCUGGUUUCUUUGAUCAAUAAUGACAAUCCUGAUGUCUCACAGAAAGCAAAACACAUAUUGCAGAAUCUUUCCUCCAAUACACAUUUUGUUGUGAAGAUGGCUGAAGCUGGUUAUUUUCAACCAUUUGUUGCUCGCUUUAAUCAAGGGCCCCAAGAGACUAGAGCUUUGAUGGCUGCAGCCAUGAUAAAGAUGCAAUUGAAGGAGAAUAAUGUCAAGGAUUUGAAAGACAUGCAAUUUGUGAAAAAUUUAAUUCAGAUGCUUUCUUCAAACUCUCCAGCAUACAAAUCAGCUUGUCUGAAAUGCAUCAAGAAGCUCAUUGGAUACCGUAAGAUGGUGAAACGAUUCUUGUCAGACCCUGGAGCUGUGCCAGCCUUGCUUGGUCUGAUAUCCUUUGUCACAUCUGAUCCACAUUUGAAACAAGAAGCUGCUGAGAUUCUUGCUCUAGUGGUUGGAGCUUGCCAACAUUCUCAAUUUCAAAUGUGUCAGGGAUUGCAGGAGCUACGAUCAGAGCACAAUAUCAAUAUUUUCUUGCACCUUGUAGCAAGUUCUGAUCCUCAGACCAAGAUUCAGUUCUUGCACCUGCUGGUUGAGCUUUGCUAUAAAUCAGAAACAGCCAGAGACCUGAUACGAUGCAACACUGAUGCGAUCAAUCAGCUUUUCCUUUCCCUUGAUCAUGGUGACCAGCCUGAAGUAAGAAGAUGGGCAAUGAAGCUAAUAAACUGUAUUUCAGAAGGGCAUUCUGCUGGGGUUCCUCUCCCACCCUCCCCUAGAAAGGAAACUGCCAUCCAAACCCUCACAACCAUAUUGAUUCGUUCACCAAAUGUCCAAGAAAGGUCCCUGGCUGCUGGAAUCAUCAGCCACCUUCCUAAAGAUGAUACAACCAUUGAUGAGAUACUCCGCAAAUCAGAAACAUUAAAAGCCAUCCACGAGGUGAUUUCCUGCACAGAUGGGGAACUUGGGAUCAGAUCAACUAUUAACCAUGACAAGUCUCUACUUGAGAAUGCUUUAGCAGCGCUUUUACGCUUCACAGAACCAACAAAGCCUGACCUUCAGAGGCAAGUGGGAAAGCUUGAACUAUAUCCAUCACUUGUUCGAGUCCUUUCCACUGGCAGCUCACUAGCCAAGCAACGAACAGCCAUAGCACUUGCCCAACUAUCAAAAUCUACAAAUUGGGCAAUCUCUGAUGCAACUGUUGUGUCAAAACAAGCCAAGGACUCCAUGCCACUGAUUGCCCUAGCAAAGCUCUUUCCUAAUAUGUCCUGGUGCUGCUCAGCAUCUUCUGAUAAUGAGAUGUCAUGUUGUGUCCAUGGUGCUGCUUGUUCACAAAGACAUACAUUCUGCCUUGUCAAAGCAGAUGCACUGAAACCUCUUGUCCGAACUCUGAGUGAGAGGGACUCAGGUGUGGCUGAGGCUGCCUUAAUGGCACUGGAGACAUUGUUAGCAGAUGACAAUACUUCAUCACAUGCAACUGCUGCAAUCGUAAACAGUGAUGGUCUAGUGGCCAUCCUAGAAGUCAUGGAGAAGGGGCCUCUAUCUGCUAAGGCAAAAGCUUUAGACCUCUUCCAUAAGAUAGUGAACUAUACAGAGAUUGAUGAUCAAUUAUUUCAAAGAUGUGAGAGGAUCCUCAUCCAACUGCUUCAUGAGGAUGAACUCAAGAAGAGAGCAGCACUAGUGCUAAGGCAGAUGAAUGUCAUCCCAGAGCAAUCUUCAUAUUUCUGAAUUGGUUUUCUUGUGUAAAUUUGGGCCUAGAGUUGUUUUAGAGGUUGCUCUCCUGAUGUGGAAUUGUGAAGCUCGCCACAAUUAUAGGCACAGUCUGAAAGACCUCAGAGAACAUGAGAUUCAGGAAGAGAGAUUUUGCAUAGACUUUCAGUUUGGAACUAGCUGAGCACAUUCAUUCAACAUGAUAAUUUUUGGGAUCUGCUUGCCAUAAGGUAAUUUGUUCUAUUUAGUCAUUGUAACUGUAAAUGUUUCUAAGAAUAGCUGAACAUGUGAAGUGCUUAAUAACUCAUAAGAUGAUUAGGAAAAGAGCAUGUAUUUCAGUUGUGGAUUUUUUUAACCAUGUAUAGAAGCUGCACAAUCUUACUAGGAUAUAGGAUAUGAAGAAAGUCCAGUACAUAGGCUGGCUGAGACUUGUGUUCUUUUGUUUGUACUGUAGCAUGUAAAGAUCUGCAUUAUUUUACAUGGUGAAAACUGGGAAUAUUGCAAUCUGAACUUGUAUUCCAGCUUCAUAUUCAAUAAUUAAAAUAAUUCUUU